CACAAUCAGAAUGGUGGACUACGAAUGUACACCUUUGUCAAGUCUCGUCAGACCGUUCCUCGUAUCGAUUCAGCUCCCAGUCCAAAGCUCAUUUCCAGCGCAUGCAAGCCAGCAACAUGUCGUCGACCGCCACGACGACAUUGACGCUAUCCACGCGGGAUGGAACGAGCUCGAAAGCGGGCGACCAGUCGACCAAGCGUCGCAAAGGACCCAAGCCAGGCAGUUCCAAAGAAGGCAACACUGCCGAGAAUCUCGUCCGAGUAUGCGCCGACAUAGCUUCUCUGCUAGUGCAAGCCUACGACAAAGGCUUGCCUCUGGAAGUGAACCUUUUCCGAAAGCAAGCAUGCAAGAAGCACGGGUAUUCUGGAAUUCCUAGAAUGACGGAAGUGAUUGCUUCCAUUCCCGAAUCUCAUAGGAAGAGCAUCAUCCCUCUGAUCAAGGCGAAGCCCAUCAGAAGCGCUAGUGGCAUUGCGGUGGUGGCGGUCAUGAGCAAGCCGCACAGGUGCCCUCACAUCAGCUUGACUGGUAAUGUCUGCGUCUACUGUCCAGGUGGACCGGACAGCGACUUCGAGUACAGCACGCAGAGCUACACGGGCUACGAGCCGACAUCAAUGAGGGCGAUUCGUGCUCGCUACGAUCCGUUCGAGCAGUCGCGCAGCCGAAUAUCUCAGCUCAGAGAACUGGGCCACUCGACGGACAAAGUCGAAUUCAUCGUGAUGGGCGGGACCUUCAUGUCCCUGCCUCAGGAUUACAGGGACGAGUUCAUUGCUCAGCUGCACAACAGCUUGAGCGGAUGGACAGGAAAGGAUGUGGACGAAGCAGUCAGGUUCUCCGAAAGAUCGUCGACCAAGUGCAUUGGGAUCACUAUAGAAACGCGGCCAGACUACUGCCUUCGACCGCACAUAUCCCAACUGCUGAGGUACGGCUGCACACGACUGGAGAUUGGUGUUCAGUCCGUCUACGAGGAUGUAGCUCGGGAUACGAAUCGGGGCCACACCGUCAAAGCUACCUGCGAAACGUUUCAUCUGGCCAAAGAUGCGGGCUACAAAGUCGUAGCUCACAUGAUGCCCAACUUGCCCAACGUGCCAGCAGAGAGGGACAUGGCGCAAUUCGUAGAGUACUUUGAGAACCCGGCUUUCAGAUCCGAUGGUUUGAAGCUCUAUCCCACGCUCGUCAUUCGUGGCACGGGACUUUACGAGCUCUGGAGGACAGGUAGAUACAAGUCGUACCCUGCAAGUUACUUGGUCGAGCUAGUGGCGCGAAUCUUGGCUCUCGUGCCGCCUUGGACGCGCAUCUAUCGGGUGCAGCGGGACAUUCCGAUGCCCAUCGUCACUUCUGGCGUGGAGAACGGAAACCUGCAUCAGUUGGCCGACGAUCGGGUCAGAGAUUUGGGUCUGGAAUGCAGAGACGUCCGAUCGCGCGAAGUCGGCAUUCACGAGAUCAAGGACAAAGUGAGACCUACAGAUGUGGAGCUGGUUCGUAGAGAUUAUUCUGCCAAUGGAGGUUGGGAAACUUUUUUGGCCUACGAAGAUCCAGAGAAGGAUGUGCUGGUGGCUCUCUUGCGUUUGAGAAAGUGCUCCGACGCUACAUUCAGACCCGAACUGACAAAGGGUCCGAGCAGCAUCGUAAGGGAACUGCACACGUACGGCAGUGCCGUACCUAUACACUCUAGAGACCCUACGAAAUUCCAACACCAGGGAUUCGGGACAUUGUUGAUGGAAGAGGCGGAGAGGAUAGCAAGGGAGGAACACGGAAGUGAAAAAUUAGCGGUCAUCAGCGGUGUCGGAACGAGAGACUACUACGCCCGUCUAGGCUACCAUUUGGACGGUCCUUACAUGAGCAAGAUGCUCUGAGCAAUCAUCCCCUCGUGCGCGCGAUGUAUUCGCAAGCAAGACGACUUCGAAAAUCACUGAAUCGAGAUCAUUUGCCCACU